AUGCAAAGAAACCACUACGGAGCCGCCUCAACCUCCAGAGCACCCAGACAACGACCAGCAGCAGCAGCAGCAGCAGAAGCAGCAGCAGCAGCAGCAACAGCAGCAGCAGCAGGACUCACAGCAAGUCUGCGUCUCAGCAGCAGGUCUGUGCAAUCAGCAGCAAAUGAUGCAGCGCGGCCGACGAAUGGCUCAGCAGCAGCAAAAUCUCCCGCCUUAGCGUACGCCUCUGCAGCAGCAGCAGCAGCAACAGCAGCAGCAGCAGCAGCAGCACAAGAAGAGCUGCUCCGAGUCGCUCCACGCCAGAUCCCCUGUCUCCAGCAACAGCAGCAGCAGCAGCAGCAGCAGCAGCAGCAGCCUCAGCAGCAGCAGCAGCAGCAGCAGCAGUAG